AUGGUGAUGGAUGCAGCUGGGCCGAGCUUUUGGGAUAACUAUAGUGAAGGUCCUGAAGAGAUGCCAAAUCCUGAUGCAAGAGCAUUUUAUGAAUUGCUACGUGCUGCUCAACAACCUUUGUGGGAAGGAUGUGAAGAGGAAUCUCAACUUUCAGCAACUUUGCAGUUGUUGAGUAUCAAAGCAACAACCAACAUGUCACAACAAAGUUUCAAUUUAGUCUCUCAACUUAUGCGGAGGACCCAACCUAAAGACACUCAUAUGCCUACAGACUUGUACCAAACAAAGAAGUUAGUGUCAAAGUUAGGUCUUGAUUAUAAGAAGAUCGAUUGUUGUGUGAAUGGGUGUAUGUUGUAUUAUAAAGCUGAUGAUAGUGCAACCCAAUGUAAAUUUUGUUGUGAGGCAAGAUACUUCUCCAAAAAGUGUCAUGGAAGAAAGAAGAAAGUUGCAAGGAAGCAGUUGUGGUUCUUACCUCUUAUUCCAAGAUUACAAAGAUUGUUUGCUUCUGAAAAAAUUGCAAAGCAAAUGAGAUGGCACUAUGAAAAUCGUCGAGGUUCUAAUGUCCUUUCUCACCCUUCUGAUGGCCAAGCAUGGAAGGUUUUGGAUAGGACAUAUCCAAACUUUGCAUAUGAUCCAAGAAAUGUGAGGCUUGGGUUAUGUGCUGAUGGAUUUACGCCAUUUGGGCAAUCUGGGAGGCAAUAUUCUUGUUGGCCUGUGAUUAUUACUCCAUAUAAUCUACCACCUGAGGUAUGCAUGACACGAGAAUACAUGUUCUUGACAUUGAUCAUCCCUGGUCCUAAUAAUCCUAAAGGAAAAAUUGAUGUCUAUUUACAACCUUUAAUAGAUGAAUUAAAAUUAUUGUGGGAUGAGGGGGUUCCAACAUAUGAUGCCUCGUUGAGACAAAACUUUUGUAUGCAUGCUGCACUAUUAUGGACAAUCAAUGACUUUCCUGCUUAUGGUAUGUUGUCUGGUUGGAUGACAAUGGGAAGAUUAUCAUGUCCAAUAUGUAUGGAGAACUCAAAGGCAUUCCAAUUAAAGCAUGGGCGGAAAUCAUCUUUCUUUGACUGCCAUCGUCAAUUCCUUCCCAAUGAUCACCAAUUCAGGAGAAAUAAAACCUCUUUUUACAAGAACAGGAUUGAAAACUCAAUGCCUCCACCUCGUUUAAGUGGAGAGGAAGUUUGGGAAAGAGUACAAAAUUUGCCGAAGGUCACUGAGAGUGGAAAAACUAUUCCAAUUGAAGGCUAUAAGCACACUCAUCAUUGGACAAAACAAAGCAUAUUUUGGGAAUUGCCAUAUUGGAAAAGUAACCUCAUUCGACAUAAUCUUGAUGUCAUGCACAUUGAGAAAAAUGUUUUUGAUAAUCUGUUUCACACUGUCAUGGACACAAAGGGAAAAACAAAAGAUACUAUACAAGCUCGAAUGGACUUGAAAGAAUAUUGUCGGCGAAAGGAUGAUGAACUUGUUGAAAGAGGAGGGAAAAUAGUGAAACCCAUUGCAAAAUAUACAUUGAAUUUAGAACAAAAACGACUGAUUUGUCAAUGGGUGAAGAACUUAAAACUCCCUAAUGGAUAUGCAUCUAAUCUAGCUCGAUGUGUGGACAUGAAGGAAGCAAAGUUAUAUGGAAUGAAGAGUCAUGAUUGUCAUGUAUUCAUGGAACGCUUACUUCCUAUUGCCUUUGCCACUUUGCCUGAAGUUGUUUUAAAUCCUAUAGUAGAGCUUAGUCAAUUCUUUACACAACUUUGUUCUACUACUUUGAUGAUAAAUCAACUAGACAAUUUAGACCAAAAUAUUGUUACGACGUUAUGCAAGUUGGAGAAGGUCUUUCCCCCAGGGUUCUUUGACUCAAUGGAGCAUUUACCUAUCCAUCUUCCCUAUGAAGCUAAAGUUGGAGGGCCUGUUCAAUAUCGAUGGAUAUAUCCAUUUGAAAGGUUUCUCCAUACCUUGAAACAAAAGGUAAGGAACAAAGCUCGAGUUGAAGCGUCUAUAUGUGAAGCUUAUAUAAUUGAAGAGACCACGGUAUUUUGCUCACACUAUUUUGAGUCAGGUGUUCCACCAAGAAUAAGAAGACCUAUAAGAAAUGACGAUGGUGGAGAAUCAGAUGUGCCAGCAAUAUCUAUAUUUAACUAUCGGGGAAAACCUUCUGGGGAAUGUAAAUCUCGUUUCUUGGAGGAUGAAGAAGCCGAAGCAAUCACUCAGUAG